UACGGAUCAUUUUUACCAAUGGUUCUACGGAAUCCGCUUACGCAAUCACAACAUAAGAGUGUUACAAGUUUACAGAGUAGCAAUAUUCCCCAAUUGCUCAAGAAAUUUGAGAAAACGCACUCGACCACCACAAACAAUACUACCCCACCUGUAUGUGACAAAAAGGCACUAAAAAUUCGCCUUAAAAUUGGCGUUGGCAAAGCACCCAAAAGCAAUUCUGUGGGUCAUAGUAGUUUGGAUUUUAAUAACUGCUUGUCAGCUUCAUUUGAGAGUACCCUGGAAAAUAAAGAUGGAAACCAUGAACCGCUCUCUUCAAUGGUGCAGCAGGCUAAGGCGUUGUCAGUAAUUCCUGAUAAUUCUACACUUUCGCCCGUUCCCGAUUCUUUGUGCUUAGAAGAGAAGGGCAGCCCUGCUACAAGGAGUAGCAAGAUGAGGAUUGAUCAUGGUGAAAGACAAUUACAAAAGCAGCCUACUCGAGAUUCAAACAGAAUUGAGUCAUCACCUGCAUUUGAAGGCGACCCAUUUAUGUUAGAAAAAGAACUACACAAGCAAUGCAUGAAGUUGAAUUUGUUAAAACAUCGUCGUAAAGGGCAUGCGAAGCAUAACACGCAAGACCGCUCCAACAUUACAAAAAAAAGGAAGGAAUACUCUGCAAGUGCAUGUGAAAGCAAUUUGAAUGAGAGUGCAACAGAAAAUAGUGGUGCCUUCUCAAGUGCUGGUCCAUCAACUAAGUUAUUUGGUGAGAUGCAAGACAAAUCCAAUGUUACAAAAAAGAGGAAGGAGUGCUCUACAAGUUCAGGGACAGCUGAUGCAGCAAAUGAAAGCUCACUCAUCAUGAGGCAGAAAGUGGGAUGGGCAGAUGGGGUAACUGAAGUUGUAGGAGUGCGAAAAGAGUCGAGUGAGCCUGAUAAUCUGAAGAAAUUAGUUAAAGAGAGAACUCCAUUUGGAAAGGACUAUUCACUUGCUGAGAAUACCUUGAAAGAAGCUAUUAAUUUGAAACAUUCUGCUGACCGUUUAAAGAAUGGAGAAUCAGAAGUUGAAGUUAGUGGAAUAUAUCUUCAUGCAGCCUUACAAUUUCUACUUGCCGCAUCGAUGUUUGAGGUUCACGACAUGGGAAGUGCAGAACUAGGAGAAAUAACUGAAUCAACAGAGAUCUAUAUCGACACACAAAAGAUCUUGAAGCAAUGUGCUAUUUCCUUUGAGAGUAAUGGGGAGACUGCUGCUGCCGCUCUUGCAUACAAAUGCGUGGAAGUAGCAUAUAUGAGAGUGAUAUUCUCUAUUUGCUCGCAUAUACGUAGAGACAGUUGCGAAUUACAGGCAUCUCUUCAUGGUCAUCCAUUUGGCCAAGAAUCAUCACCAUUGUCUGCUAUUGAUGUAAAGAAUGUACGUGAAGAUGGCACAGCCCCUGUGACUGAAGCGAAGGGGGUCAAGCCACUUGCCAGCAGACCUACUUGUAGCAGCCUGCAGCUCCUUGAUUAUGCUGACUAUGUGAGUUCUGCUAUGGACGCUACUCAGAGAUCUCUAUCAGCAUUGAAAGCUGCUCAGUGGAAAUAUGGGUUGCAAGGCAUCGCAGCUGUGAAAAAAGCACUUGAUUUUCACUUCCAUGAUAUGGAUGGAUUCCUACACCUGGUCCGGCUAGCAUUGGAGGAGAUUGACAUCUAAACCAUCCAUCACAAAGAUACAAAUGGAUGGGAAUCUCCGCAUUCAUGGAGACAUUGUACAGGGGCUCACAUCUGUGAAUCCAAAUUUGAAGCUCCAGCUAUAUAAGUAUGUAUAUGUGUAUGAAAGCAACCUCAGCAUUGAUUUGUUUAUUGUUUUUUCUUUUUUCUUUUUUAAAUGCAUGGUGAAAGCCUGAAUGCAUGUAAAUUGAUAUCUCAACUGUAAAGCGAUUCUUUGGCAUCGGUAAGAGAGAUUCAAUCCCGAAAUGUGGCCGUAACAAAUAAUGUAUCAGUAUUGUACAGCUGUAAAGCGAUUCUUUCUAUAAGAAAUGAAAUUUCAAGUUUCCCCACAGAAAACAUACAAACAGUUUUUUGUAUGAAGAGGAAAUCUGUAUUGGAUGUGGCCUUAUUUUUGCACAUGCUUCUU